AUGAAUACCACAGAGGAAAAAUAUGCUUUUAAUUUGACGUUAUUCAAAACAAUUGGCUAUUACCAAAUGAUCGAUCCAAAUAGUAAAAAAAUAUUUGGUUUUAAUGUAUAUAACGUGAUCAAUAUUACGUUAGUUAUAUUUACAAGUAUUAUGACUGUUAUUGGAUUAUCAGGUUUUCUUUACAAAUCCGAUAAUAUAACAUCCGAAGAAAACAGUUUUAAGGAUAUACAAAUGUUAUUUUACCUUUCAUGUAUUGUCCUUGGAAAUUUAAAAAUAGCUAUAACGGCAUAUAAUGCUGAUGCAAUUUGGGAGUUAUUAAAUGUAGCACACGAAUCGUUUUUAUCCAAUAAAUAUUGUAAACAAGACAAAUAUAAGCUGUAUAACUGUGGAAAACGAUUUGCAAGAAUUUUCCCUUGGUAUUUUUUUAUGUUUAUUAUGACAGCAGUUGCAUGGUCAGUUGUACCUAUUGUUGUAAAUAAUCACGCCGCAACCCAGAAUAAUGAACAUAUUUACAUGACCAAUAUUGCAAAUUUGAGGUACCCUAUUACUGUGAAAGCAUAUAACACAUUUUAUAAGGGUUUUUACGCAUUGGAAUUUAUAAUGGUAUGGUAUUCUGCAUAUGGACUAGUAGUAUUUGAUCUUUUCAUUGUGGCAUUACUCCAGUUACUAGCCACUCAUUACGAAAUAAUAUCAUCUACGUAUGAAAACUUCAAAUACAAGGCCGAAAACAAGGAUGGUAAAUUAAGGAAGGAGGAAAUUCAGAAAGAACUUGUAUCAAUAAUUGUUGAUUGUCAAACCAUUUAUAAGAAAUUAGAAACAUUAUAUGGGAUUUCUCGGCCAAUUGUUUUAGUAUAUAUGGUAGGAGAUGCAAUUGGAAUGAUAACUAUGCCUUUUUUAAUUGUUAUGUCUUACAUGCAAAAUGGAUCAUCAAUUUUCAAUACUAAUGUUAUGGCUUUUUCUUGGACGUUGUUUGUUGUUGGAAUUCAAUCCUACAUGUACUGUAGUUUACUUCAAAACGUAAACGAAAGAAAAGAAGAUGUAAAUUUUGGAUUAUAUGGUUGUGACUGGACAUUGUUGGAUAUUGAGAUAAAAAAACUAAUAUUGUUGGCGAUGCGAAUAAACAGCUCAAAUAAUUUAAAAAUGAAAGUGACAUCCACAAAAUUGAUUGAUCUACCUAUGUUUGCAAGUGUAUGA